ACUCCUCGGAAGGGCGCCUAUCAUCUUGAGGUUGGGGUUCUUAUCCGCGCCCCUCGGGGUCCCGGACUCUGGAGUGUCACAGACAGAAGGAGCCUUAGUGAUCCUGUGUAUCCCCUUCCCCCUUUUCACAGAUCAGGGAAAUGGGCGCCUGGAGAACGGACCUCUAGUUACCAGAAAUGAUUCCAGAAGAGAGAUCCUAACAGACCAGUAACAAUGGAAGAAAUUGGGAAAGUCAUCAGCAAGCCAUCAUCCCCCAAAACACCAGACCCAGAUGCUGUUACAGGUUAAAAAAAUGCUUCAUGAAGACGAAAGAUCUUAAGCAACAUGAUGGGUUCAGAAGCUCAUGAAAAGAGGCCACCAAUCCUAACAUCUUCUAAACAAGAGCUUUCGCCUCACAUAACGGAUGUUGGUGAAAUGAAGCAUUAUCUGUGUGGCUACUGUGCAGCUUUCAACAAUGUAGCCAUCACAUUUCCAAUCCAAAAGGUCCUCUUUCGGCAACAACUAUACGGAAUCAAAACCCGGGAUGCCAUACUUCAGUUGAGGAAAGAUGGAUUGCGAAACUUGUAUCGCGGAAUCCUUCCUCCGUUGAUGCAGAAGACGACGACGCUGGCGCUCAUGUUUGGUCUGUACGAGGAUUUGUCUUGCCUUCUCCGUAAGCAUGUGAGUGCCCCAGAGUUCGCGACCCGUAGCAUGGCAGCAGUUCUUGCAGGGACAACAGAAGCAAUUUUCACUCCACUGGAAAGAGUUCAGACUUUGCUUCAAGACCAUAAGCAUCAUGACAAAUUUACAAACACUUACCAGGCUUUCAAGGCACUGAAAUGCCAUGGAAUUGGGGAGUAUUAUCGAGGCUUGGUGCCCAUUCUUUUCCGUAAUGGGUUCAGCAAUGUCCUUUUCUUUGGCCUUCGUGGUCCCAUCAAGGAGCAUCUGCCUACAGCAACGACUCACAGUGCUCAUUUGGUCAAUGAUUUUAUCUGUGGAGGGCUCUUGGGGGCCAUGUUAGGAUUCCUGUUUUUUCCAGUCAAUGUUGUAAAAACUCGCAUACAGUCUCAGAUUGGUGGGGAAUUUCAGUCUUUCUCUACAGUUUUCAAAAAAAUCUGGCUAGAACGGGACAGAAAACUGACAAAUCUUUUUAGAGGUGCCCAUCUGAAUUACCAUCGGUCCCUCAUCUCUUGGGGCAUAAUCAAUGCAACUUACGAGUUCUUGUUAAAGGUCAUAUGAGAAAGAAUUGUCAGUUAAGUGCCAUUUAUCAACUGAAUAGACCUUCUUAAGAGAAUGCGUUUUGGCCUUAUUUCUAAUUGGCCAAGUAAAAGUUGGUGUCACAAGUCCAGGCCACAGUGAACUAUAGGCAAAGCUGUUUUCCUAAGCAGCAACAAAAACAGAAUAAAAAGAUUCAAUAGGAAAAGUAAAGGUUUUGUAUUGUGUCAUUAUCCUAAGCCCUCUAGGCUAAUUGCCUGGUAAAUAACUGUCCGUUGAUGGCCUAUUGGAAGGGAACCUGAUAGCCAAGAUAUAAUUCUUUUUCUCAGAACAGUCUUCAUACCUUCUGUAUUGAAAUGUAAGUGGCCAUGACCACACAUGUAGAGGCUCUCUGGGCCCCAGGACUCCUCAGGCUUACCUUUGCUACUCCAUUACUUGCUGUGCUGCUCUCAGGAGCAUUAGUUUUAAGACUGGUAGUCUUCAUUCAAUUUAAGCAUAUAUGAGGGGAAUUCAAAACGUUUGUGGAAAAAUGAAAUUAAAGCAUGAGUUGACUUGGGUGUAAAAAUAAAUUUGAAACCCAUGCAUAGUUUUUUCAUAAUACACAUUUUCCACGAACCUUUUGAGGACUUCGCAUGCAUGGUACGACAAAGGAGCAGAGCAGAAGAAAAACAGCUCCUUAGUUACAGGCUUGCCAUAAUAAAUUUGCUUGCGUUAGUUUUGAGACUGGGCACCUACUGGGGUAGUCAUUAUCCAGCCUGUGUCUGUGUAGACAUGGUAGAAUCAAACAGCUGAUGGAAGUUCCCAUUUUGCUUUCAAGCUUUGACCAUUUCUCUUUAAUUCUGAAUGUGACCUUAAAUCUUUCCAGAAUGUCCUCAUGCUAAUUUCACUUAUAUCACUGCCAAAAAAUGGGGGGACUUACAGUUUGUCGUGUUUCAUCCUGUUAAGUUUCAUAUUAUGUAUAUAUCAAACUAUUCAACCCAGUUUCUUUGAAUUAUUGGUGCCAACUUAGCAAAAGGCUUUGAGUGUCUUUUUCCCACUUUAGUAAUAAUUUGUCAUAUUCAAACAUCCCAUUGUCUUGAAACUCCUUUUUACAAAAUAAAGGCACUUCCAUAAAAUUUUAUUUUGGAAGUGUCUUAGUACAACUCCAUAUAUUUUUUUCCUUUUCCUGGUUUCUAAAUGUAACAGAGUAGAGGGGACAGAAUAGCUUUCACCACACCACUAGCUGUCUCUUAUUUUCUCUUGGAAAUAGAGACAGAAAAACAUCAUGUCAUGGAACCAGGAAGA